GAUUUUAUUUUGUAGAAGAAGAGAAACUGCCACAACAAGCGAGAACAUGAUAGCACCAUCGUCACUAGUCUAUGGUUGUGUUUGUAAAACGCUAAUGAGGAUUAAACCCCUGUGUGCACACGUGUGUUUAUAAACACUGCCAGGAGAAGUGCACACUCACUGUUAGUAGCUCUCAGUACGAGUUCAGGAAGAGAAGAUGUCUGUGCACUUUGAGGAGAGGAGCGGAGCGGUUGUGUGCCAAACUCCCUGGGGUUCGUGGUACCAGACCAUGGAAGAGGUGUUUAUAGAGGUGAAUGUUCCUCCUGGGACAUCUAGCAAAGACAUCAAGUGCAGCCUGGGCAGCAAACACAUAGAGCUCGUGGUGAAAGGAAAGGAAAUCUUCAAGGGCAAGUUGUUCGGGUCAACGGUGGGUGAUGAAGCCACAUGGACACUUGAGGACAAAAAGCUGAUCAGGAUCAUUCUGAUGAAGACAAACCGCGACGCGGGGAACUGCUGGACGUCACUGCUAGAGGAGCAGUACGCCGCUGACCCAUGGCUGCAAGACCAGAUGCAGAGGAAACUCACCCUAGAGAGGUUCCAGAGAGAGAAUCCAGGGUUUGACUUCAGUGGAGCAGAAAUCUCUGGAAACUUCCACAGCGGUGGACCGGAUUUCAGCAGUUUACAGAAGUAACAUAACUCAGGACAAUAAGACUUUGUAAAGACUGCAGGGGUUUUUUUUGUGCUCAAUGGGACAAUAAAGGCAGGGUGCACCAUCUCUGAAAGCCAAUGUUAAGAGAUGUGCGAUUCUCUACCCAACUCUGCAAAAAUAAAAUGUUCAUUGAUUGUUUUAAA